CUUCUGACCGCACGCUUUCUUGCACCUCCGAUCUACCGAAUAACCUUCGUCUUCGUCACCCUCAUCAAUGCCACCCAUUGAUGCUCCGCGCGCGCAAACUUCCUCUGCGCAUCGCGUCUCGGCCAUGGACCGCUGAAGUCGUCUCAUACAGCCGGUCCUUCGCCAGUCGCGGCGAGCAGCCGCCAUCCCAGCCCAAUGGCAACAAUGCCAAUCGAGAUGGCAAGCAGGAAGACUCGAAGCCUACGCCCGGCUCAGCGCCCUCAGCCAAUGGCCAACAGACAGCCUCACCGAAGCCCUCACUGAUCGAGCAGCUCUUCCCCGAAGAGACGAAACGCUAUGAGAAGCAGCAGGAAGCAGCAGCGCGCGAGGUGCCAAAGCUGCCAUUGGAUGCCCUCCCGCCCAUACCUACUCCGCGACGGCCGAGAAAGAGCAGAGAAGAGGAUAGGCAUGAACACGAGUCGUCGGUCGCUAGACGGCUCAGGUCCGCCAUGGAACAUGCCCCACCCGGCACAGCUGUCCUCGUGCUGCGAAAUGCCAGCAAGAACCUGACAACGGAGGACUUCAGACGCUUGAUACCGCAGGGCAAACACAUCGAAGGGUGGACACUGGAAGAGAGCGAUAUCUUGCAGGUCAUUCCUGAGCGAGAUCUGAGCACUUUGGAGCAGCAAAAUCUCUACUACAUCAUAUUCACUUCUCAGAUCGGUGCAUACACAUAUCAACAGCAUGUCACACGUAUACACAAAUUGGCCUCUAUACACACGCCAACCUCCAACACGUCGCCGAUCCCUCCUCCACCAGGCUACAUGAUCGAAGGUCUUGACGCUCAUGCUGCCAUCGAGGCAUAUGCUCUGAAGCCGCCGAGUCAGAAGCUGGAGUUGCAUCAGCUCAAACGACCAUUCACACCUUUGGUAGAAUCGAUUGUGAAAUUUGGGGGAUACAAGGGCAUUGUACAGCGGGUAGGAAAGAUGCCUGUCGAGGUCCGCUUGACGAUGGACGGACCGCAGUUGCACGCCAGCCGCUUAAAGCACAUCUUUCUUGAGACUGGGAAACGCCGCAACCUCAGCUGGUCAGGAGGAGACAACUACGAACUAGACAUCACGAAAUGGGAAGCGCGAGUGUCUCCGUCGUCUGCGGAUGUCAGCGAAUUCGCGCAGAAGAACGCGGCUGGAAUACGUGAAGGAAGAGAAAGCGAUGAGUCUGGCAAACAAAUCAAAAAGACAAAAAGCAACGAACCUGAGAUACAGCCAAUGCGUACUCCACCGCAUGUCUUCAUCGUUGGCUUUCACACGGAGGAUGCUGCUCAGAGCUUCAUCGCUUACUGGCAUAAGCGAAAGCUGGAACUGCCCAACGCGAAAGCGCCCGAUUUCGAGGACGAUUCGCCGCCUGUCGCGCAUGUAGAAUUGCUCUGGUAGAAACUUCAUCUCGCAAACGGGCCACCGCCUUUCACUGGUCGAAGUUGCCAUCUCUUGUCUCACCUGCGAAGUGCACCAGAUUACCAAACUGUACAUCUUACUCACGCAAGACCUCAUUACGUCGCGACCGCUCUGUUUCUGUUGAAGCAUGAAAGAAAUCGCAAUCGACACAGCAUUCCUCGGC